GUAGCACUAUCGCCUGUUUACAAAAGGCUCACUAUAGGGGAAAGGAAAAAAAUGUUAUUUGACGACACUAUAACCUAAGCUAAGCGAAAUGAACUGCCUCGAAAACAAUGAAAACAGUCUCAGUUUGUUUAGUCUUCUGUUCUCUGCAUCUAUUUUUCAUUUAUUACGUGUUUUUUCAAACAUGGUGAAAAUGAUUUGUUUUAAUAAUGGUAUUGUGCAUGUUUUCACCUGUUUAUUUUUAUUAUAUCUUAAUCCAAACUCCAUAGUCUUGUGUGAUGAAGUAAAAGAGCUAAAUAGUACACCCAACAUUUGUGAAGUACCCAUCUUAUCACCCCAUACAAAUAACACAUACACAUGUAUCAAAAACAUCAAGAAUGAAUCAAAAUCAUCUUGUGUUUCAAAUGGAACAGUUUUCGAAUCGACGGUGAUUAAAAUCACGUGCGAUCCUGGUUAUUCUGUAAAUGGUGAAGAUGCAUUGGUAUCCGUUUGCUACAAUAAUGAAUGGGUUCCCCCCAUAAAAGGAUGCAUUAAAAAGUGUGAAAAGCUAAAUCCUGUAAACGUUCACUUGGAAUGCUUUCGUAAAAAUAUUUCCAUUCCUUGCGAUGAAAAAUUUCUACUCCCUGGAGUGACAGUGCGUCCAACAUGCAAAUACCUCAACACAUUAGGAGUUCAAUCAUACCCUGGUCAUCCAGAAAUACAGUGUCUAGAAGAUGGAAACUGGGAUAGUGAUUUGCAUUCCUGUGUUCCAGGCUACCCUCCCGUAGAUUGCGGUCAAUUACCAAAAAACCCACCUGAUUCACAAACCUUGGGCAUGCCAUGGGAUGUUGCCAUUCUCCGACCAGAUAAAGGAAAUAUAUGCUUCGGCACUAUCAUAAGUUCCAGAGUAAUUCUAACCUCUGAAUUCUGCAUGCUCGCCAGCGUUUCUGCUAUACAUGAAUAUGAAUCUUUGAGCCGAAACCCCUUGGAUCCAGCAAUUUUCGUAGUAGCAAUUGUGAAUGAUAUAGAUUAUCACAAAAAUCGAACAUGGUGGAGCAGUCUAAAGUAUUAUGCAUCCGAAUUGAACCUUUUUAGGAAAUAUAAUCAUUUUACAGCACUAAUGAUUAAAGAAUUUCGUUAUUUCAAGCAUGGAAAUCAAGACAAAUCCCUAUUUCAUGAUGCAUUAAUAGUCAUUAUGGAAAAAGAAAUCAAUUUCAACUCGCAAGUUUAUCCAGCUUGUGUUCAGUGGGAAAACCCCAAAAAACUAAAUAUUACUACUGGAAUAGCAAAGGUACAACAAUUCAAUGCAGCCAAAGAAGGAUUCAGUUACAAAGAUUAUUCUUUCAUGAGCCAUGACACAUGCCAAGAAAACCCAUCAUAUCCUUACUUGGUGUUCGUCUGGGCAAAUCUCAUGUAUGGUAUCGAUGAGGUAAACGGAGACCGCAAUGAUACUAAAUUAUACAGAAAAAGCAAUAAUCAAACUGCUUUCCACGAAGGAAAAUGGUUUUGUCUAGAGCUGAAGGAAAAUGAAUUGAACGAUCCUAUGACUGUAAGCGGUAGCGGGGUUAUGAUUGAAAAAGAUCAUCGCUAUUUUAUUCGAGGAAUUGUAGGAGAAGCGCUUUUCAGAAAUCAAUCAAACAAUGAUGCUCUUUUCAAAAGUUUCAUGAAUGAAAUUCGUAACAUGGCAAACAUGUCAUCUGAAGACUUUUCAAAAAGUAUUUCUGAUGCAAUAAUCAACGGGUCAUUUGAUCAUAACUAUGUUGAGCAAUUAGUCUUCUUGUUUAAAUAUAACUUUACAAGUCUUCUGCGAAAUCAUCUUAAACGAGUUGAAGCUGAGUUGACGAAUCAACCAGAAAAGUUAGUUGUUGUUACAGAUAUAGCUGACUAUGUAGAUUGGAUCAAACAUGUUGUAGCUGAAGUUGACCCAUAUUUUAAUACUAGCACAUAGAGAGCGAAUGUUUUUUAAAACCGGUUUAGAUUUUUCGAAAGAAAAAUAAGUAGGUGGAUACUUGGAACCACUAGAAAAAAAUUGCAAUAAGUACAGAAAGAAUUUAAGAAUAAAAUUGGUUUAACAAAACUGUUAUUAUCGAAUGAUAAUGAAUAACAAAAAAAUAAAAUUAAAAAAAAACAAGCAGAUGCUUAUGAAUUAAAAAAAAAUAUAUUAUAUCAAAAAAUAGUUCUGAAAAACUCCAAAUUUUAUAUAAAAAUUAGCGAUUUUUCACAAUUUGAAAAAUAAUUUUAUAAUUUAAAAUAGAAAUACCAGGCAACAAAAAUGCUUACAAUUUUUUUAUUUUGUUCAAAUUAUAACUUUUUAAAUUAAGUGGUAUAGGUACGUAGUGUUUUAAUACCAUAUUAUAAUUUUC